AUGAGUGAAUUCCCCCCUUCCAGUCUCCGUCCUUUGAUUGAGGAAGUCUUUGAGCUCCUCAAGUCCCGCAAUGAGACCAUCUCCGUCGCGGAGACUGUCUACACGCUUGAAUCCCGUCUCGCAUACGCCGGUUGGACCCCCGCCCACCUGGAAGGCUACAACGGACCGACACCCACCAUCGUGGCCGGGUUGGCGGAUCAUGUCCGACAGACACUAGGAUCCACCUACACGGUGAGUGAGAGUGGGACGGCCGGGCCGACGGGGGGGACGACGAGGAAUCGGACUCCCGGGUAUGUGGCGGUUGCGGUGUCCACCGCACAUGGGACGUAUACGCGGGAGGUGGAGACGGGUAGUUCGGAUCGCGAGAAGAAUAUGGUGGCGUUUACCGGGGAGGGAUUGAAGCUGGUGCGAGAUGUGAUACUUGGCAAGGCAGUUCUGUAG